UUUAGUCAAGCGGGUUGGUUGCGGGAAGAAGCUUCGCGCCCCUUGGGCUCCGCAGGUUCGGGUUGACGGUAGGUGCGCAUGUUGGCGCGCGAAAGAGGCUCUGGCUGUAAGGAGGCGCUUGGAGUAGAGAGGGGCUUCGUGGGGGCCUGAGGGGAGGCGAAGCGGUUAUUGCUGCUGUUAUCAAUGAAUUAAGAAAAUGGUUAAAAGGGAACGGGCAGGAAAAAAGGGGGGUUCGUCUGUGAGACAUCCCGCUGCAAAGGCUUUUUUUUGGCGCUUUGGCCCUAAGGACACGCUCGCCAAGGAGCAGGAUCCGCUCAAUGUGCUUCUGAGGGGCGUGAGACCCACCUGGCUCACUUUCCGCUUUGGGGAAGAGCCACUUAGAGCGGUAAAGCGCGAGUGGGGAUAGUAAAACUGAAUCCACCCCUGAAUCCGCUCCCAUUCAAACUCAAAGCCCUCUGCGCCCCCCCCCCCCCACCGUAAUAAAAAGUUGGGAGAUCUGAUCACAUAUCUCAUGGGCCACCUCGCCCUUCAGUGUGGCUCUUGGAGACUGGCCGAAAGUUACUGAAGAGUUGUUUUUUUUAAUGGCGGGGUUGGGGUUUGAAAGUGCAUUUUUUUCCUUCCUGAUACACACACACACACACACACACACACACAGAGAGAGAGAGAGAGAGAGAGAGAGACUUAUCUUUGAAAUCAGCAAGUGGAAACCUCCCCCCUCCCCUGGCCUUCCUAAUUCUGGAAGGAAGGCACGAGAGUGUAGAGAAAAGCAGGCAACUCUGGCAUCAGAAUUUACUGCCAGGCCCUUUUAAGGAAUGGAUACUAAGGACUUUUCUUAUUUGCCACCUUCUAACUUUGUUCCAGAACUGGUUGUUUAAAACAGUUGAACAAAUGUGUGGUGUAUAAGCCUAUCCGUUUGGUAACCUCCCUCACCCCAUUGUGGAGCUCUCCCCCAGUAGACAUUUCGUAAUUCUAGCCUCAGCAUUUCUUGGAAGCCUGUAAAACUCUGCUUGGUAUCCUUUGGGGGAGGGGUGUCAGAGUUAAGUUGGAAAGCAAUAAGAAAGUUCUACUAAAUUGGAUAAAGUUCUGUGUUGCUAGGUUUUGUGUUUUUGUUCUGUCAGACAUAACUUCCAUGUUCAGGGGUGGUACAUCUUUGUAUGCCAGAAGACAGAAACAAACAAGGAGUGGCGUUGUAUACUGCUUGCAUGAUGUCCAGAAGCUUCUACCUGGCUGUCACUGGAAGCAGAGUUACAGGCUAGAUGGAUCUUUGGCCUAAUCCAUUGUGAUUUUUUUUUUUUUUAGGGAAUCCAUUAGAGGCACUAAUUAUAUUUCAAAAAUUAUUAACAGGCCACCAUUUGGGGGCAUAAAGCACUAGAUGGCUCACACAUAAUUAAAAAAAGUACAGAUUCUAAUUGCUUAGGUAGCAGUAUUAAUAACCAUUUAAAAACAUAGGCUACAGUACUUAAAACAGAUAAAGCAAAAUAAGUCUUGGGGUUGUUGUUUUUAAUUAUCACUAUAAAAAGAAAAGAAAACAACAGUGAUGCCACAAAAUGAGUAAAACGAGACAGGUUGGGGUGAGUAUUUUUAACGCAGUACGCCUCUGCUCCUGGAACAGAGAGUGAGAAUCCAGCAGGAAUUUGGGUUUGGAAUUAUUUCAGCCAACAAUUUUUAUGUUAGGUGGUGGGUAGGUUUAUCACCUUGACAGUCGUCAAUGUUUAACCUUGAGCUUACCUUCAAGGUAUAGGAAUGGGUGAGAGGGGCAUGUUGUGAACAAAGGGUGGGAAAUAAAGAGCUUGUGCAGAGGUGAGCAUGAUUAAUCAUUAGGGGCAAGGGCGUCUGGGGAUAGUGAAUAACUUGCUAAAAAGAGAGGUGUGGGUUCAUAGACCUGUAUGGAAGCCUAGCCCCUUAAGCCCAAAUGUAAGACUUAAGCUGUUUUUGGUGAAUAAGGAGGGGAAAAUACUCUGUUCCAAUCAGGUCUUUAUUUUGUUGUACACCUAGCGGGAGGAAAGGCAUCGCUGCGGGACAGGAUAGUUGUAACUGUUAGAGACUAUUUGUGAAAUUUAAAAGUGUGUGUGUAUGUGCGCGGACACACAUAUGCACACUUAACUUAAAUGUGUUUCAUUUGCUCUCUUUGGUCUCCAGUGUCCAUCAUGCCUUGUACCAGAUCUCAGUCUGAAAGCCAGAGCACCAUCAAAUUCCCAAAGCGGAAAUCGAUUAGGAGAUGUCACAAACCUCUAGAGAAUGAGGAGGCUUCAAAACUGAACACAAGCCCACUGUCACUUUCACCCCAGAAGCAGGUCUUGCCUCUCAGCCCCCGUAAACGGCUUGGUGAGUUGCCUUUCUCUUCAUCAAACCAAAAUAUCCUAACACAUUCUUAUAUAGAAAGCCUGCUCAGCCAUUCUGCUUGACACUUAACCAGCUGUAUUUUAAGCCGUAUUUUAAUUAACUGUUGUUGUUGUUUUCCUAUUACGUUUUACUGUAAUUUAUAUUUGGUGUUAGUCGCCCUGAGUCCGGCCCUGGCCAGGGAGGGCGGGGUAUAAAUAAAUUAUUAUUAUUAUUAUUAUUAUCAUUAUUAAUGAAUGGGACUUUGCUAAGUGAUGCCAAGAUUUUCUUAGAUUGAACACCAGAGUUAAGAACACAGGAAAAGCUGCCUUAUACAGCUUCAGGCCAUGUAUCUCAGUAUUGUCAACACUGACUGGUAGUGGCUGCAGGGUUUUGGACGGGUCCUACCUGGAGUUAGUGAGUGGAAUUGGGGCUAUUUUUUUCUUGCAAAGCAUCUGGUCUAUUUCCCAUGAAGGCUAACUUGAAAGAUUAAAAGUAAUUCAUGGGCAGGCCUGUUUGUGUACUGCUGAAGAAUCUGUGCUUGAAAUAAUUGCUCUGCUCAAUAGUAUUCCUACAGACAGGCUUAUCUACAAAGAUUGAAGUGGUUAUUUUUAUUCUAAACCCAGCAUUUGGAGUUUUUGCAGUAGCAAGUCGGAACAAUUAGGGUUGAUGCAGUAAGUGUACAUUGCAAAGGGUCCAGAGGGAAGGAGCAGGCAGAGCGCAGCAACACUUCUCUGAAUAAGGAGGCAUUUGACAGGCCCUGUGCUUGUGUUUUUCCUAAAUGAUGCCUAUGAUAAUAAGAGCUCUGAAACGUUAAAUGAAAUAACAAAAGGCAUCUUAAAGACAUCAUGUUGUAUGGCAGACAUGAACUCUGGUAAAAUAGAGGGCAGACAAACUUGUCUUUUACAUAUGGGUUCUUGUCUGUAUUUCACAUUCACUUUCUUCUGCUCUUGCUUUCUUCUAAACUUGGCAUGGUGUGUCUUUGUUUCCCACAGGAGAUGACAAUCUCUGCAAUGUCACCCAGUUGCUGCCUUGCUCCCCAAGUAAGCAGGGUAAAAAAGAGAAUAGCUUUCCACCCACUUCUCCCAAGGGCCGGGCUUUACUCUUCAGCGAGCGUUCAACCCCCAAAUCUCCAACUAAGGGAAGCAAUUUGGUUCCCUCUCCCUUUCGUGGUGGUCAAGAAACCCCUAAUGCUUCACCGCAGCAUCGCCACCCAAGGAAAGAACUGGUGUGUACUCGUCUCUUUAAGCAAGAAGGUAUGUAAUAGCAUUGUGUAUGGUGGAAGAACUGGGUACCACAUCUUCUGCGGUUGCUCGGAUUUUAAAAAAUGGGUUUAUAAAGAAUUCAGUCUCUUAAGACCUCAGAAUCCAAGGCUAGUUCACUGUUAUUCCCACAAAAUGAGAAAACUUAAGGCAUGGCUGUGUCAUAAAUUCAAAAUGGUUUUCAGACUUUUUCAAUUGUUACAUUACCCGCAGGCAAGAGCCGCUGUGGUUCCAUGGAAGGGGUUGGAAUAUUUCUCACCAUUCUCAGCAACCUCAUAAAAUUACAGUUCCUAGGAUGCUUUGAGGGAAGCCAAGGAAUAAAAACUAUUGAAAUUUGUGGUUUAGCUGUGAUCACAGAGGGGCUUGACAUACUGCCUUUCAUCUUUAGUCAUUUAUUGCUGGUCAGAAUAUUGCAAGUAAGUUUUAUUGGCAACGUUAAUGUUAGAAUGGCGUCCCUUCUUGAACAUGCUUAUUUGAUUCUUAUGUCGACAAUCUUAACAACUACAGGCAGUGUUAAAAAAAGCAAGGCAAUACAUCAGUAGUAUAAAACAGAGCAGUAGAAGACUUGUUUGAAUAGGCAAGGGUCUAUUUAGUCUAGCAAUCUGCUUUCAACUGCAGCUAGCUGCAACGAUAGAACACCUCAAUAAAAGGAACUUUUAAAAAGAGACAGUAAGAGUAAUCUUUCAUUUAUUGUAAUAGACCUCUUCCUAAAUCCAGUGCUUUUUUUUUUUUCUACUGUUGUGUCUGUUAGAAGAGAGUUGUACAAUUAGUAUUUGUAUAGUUUUUGUUAGGUAUAUUGAGGUGUUUUAUUUGUUCUAAACCUGUCUUCAUUUUGUUUAUACAGGCACCUGUUACCAGCAGGCAAAGAGUCUCCUACACACGGCUCUUCCGGACCAGCUGCAUGCAAGGGAGAAAGAGACAGGUGUUCUUCAUAGAUUCCUGAGAGAGCAUGUCUCUAGGGAGAUCCCAGGAAGCCUUUAUAUCUCUGGAGCUCCAGGCACUGGGAAAACUGCCUGCCUCAACAGGGCCCUGAUGGACUUAAAGGUAAAACUGCUGGAUUUGAAUUUGGACGCUGGUCCUCUUUCAGACUUUUGCUAUGAAACAUAAUGCCGGAAGAACCAUUGCCUAGCUCUGACAGAUGGCAUUUAACAUAUGUUAAAUAUAACAUACAACUUGGGUCUACUCUUGUUUCAGAAUUCUCUCAUAUGCCAUUAGGGGUGGGGGAACUAUGUGAAUUCAGAGCCCAGUGAGAACCUUUUCCUGCAAUUAUUCUCCAAUGCCCAUAAAAGACUUUUUGCCUGUAUAUCUUACACUUUUAAUAUUCCAAAACAAGGUUAAGGAAGCUUUACUGUGGUUUGUAUUUGGCCAGCAGAUCUUAUCCCUGGUUUAAGAUGGAUAUAGGAAGCUUGGUUUUGUGCUAACUAAAGUUUGGUGUGGUAUCUGAAUUGACAAACCAUAGGGACAACCACUGCUUUGUUUCCAAAAGUAGGAGUGAACUUAGGAAGUGCUGAAGAAGCGGGGAAAUGAAAGCAGACAAACAAUUCUAAACCGUAGCUUAGCUGAACAUUUGGAUGCUCAAACUGAUAUGAGUUUUGAGCUACGGUUGACACAGACCAUGCUUUGGUGUGCUGCCUAAUUGAAAAUAUUUUGCCCCUACAAGAUAUAUGUGAACACAUGGCUAUUCAGUGGAUUUCAAGGACCUGCCUUUCCAGGGUGGUAUGCUUAUAAUUUGUGCCUGAUUGGGGGCAGCUUAGCAGUUUUGCCUAAGAGAGUAUAUUUGACCAUCCCUCAUGCUGGCUUAUUGGUCCCCCAGGCACAAGAAAGUUGCCUCCUGUAAUUUCCUGUCCUCCACAGUUUCGUUGCAGGUACUUCUGCUCAGUGAUGGUCUGUGGAAUUGCUGUCUCUUUGUUACACUACUUGUACUCUAUUGCAAAGUUUGAUCUGCUCUAAAACACUCCUUUGUCUCUCUGGCAGGCGGAGCUCGCUGGGUGUCAGAUCAUAGUCCUAAACUGCAUGGCCCUGAGAAGCUCCCAGGCUGUGUUCCCAGCAAUGGCUGGACAAUUGGGCCAGGCUGGAGCAGACAAAGCAGCCAGGGGUGAUGUGAUCAGAAGGCUGGUGAAACGGUUGACAUCAGAAAAUGCACCCAUGGUGUAAGUACAAGCCCUUUGUGGUAGAAGGGGGGCAUUCUUAAAACUAGCCAGUUUUGAGCAGGUCAGUCAUAGGAUAGCCAUAACCUCUAUUGGACAGGCAUCCUCACAUCACUGUUGUGUUUUGAGUGGCAGGGCACAUUUUGUGCUAUAAACCUUUCAUAAAAGUCUCUUAAUGAGGUUUUGAGAAAUAUGGGUUUAGCGUGAAAGGUCAUUCUAGUACAACAGCUAUAAUAUCUAAAACCUAUUAUACUGGGCACUUUCUCUUUGCUGUGCACUUGGUGCAGUGUAUGUGGCUGAGCCAUAAACCUUGCUGUCAGAGAGAGUUUAGCAGUGUCAAUCUAAAAGCCCGUAUUUUGAUAACAGACUGCGGGGCUUGGACACUUAGUCUUUUGGAUAAUGGUAAAUUUUAAUUCUGGACCUAAGAAUUUGAGAGAUCAAUUCAGUCUUCUGCAGGGCUAGAAACAUUUACUACUUUUUCUUGUUUUAAAAGAAGCUAGUGAUUAUAAUUUGAAAUAUUUUAUUCUACCCUGCCUAAAUAGCAUAGGGUAUCUGGCAGGAGAGGUGCAGUUUCAGUCCUGUGCCAAGGAUGCCAUGGGGCUACCUGCAUUUGAUGGAUGUUUGGAUGCUGCGACAGUGUGGCAGAAAAGAUGUUCUUACCGCAGCACGUUGCUGGGGUGGUGUUCAUGUGCUCAUGUCUUUCAUCUUCACAGUUUGGUUGUGUUAGAUGAGAUGGAUCAGCUGGACAGCAAAGGGCAGGAUGUGCUGUACACAAUGUUUGAGUGGCCUUCCCUCCCCAACUCCCGGCUCGUUCUCAUCGGUGAGUGUCGAGAGUUAAUGAUGCCCAAUCCUAUGUUUCAGGAGAGAGGAGAGCAUGACUUCAGGGCUGGCAUUGUGGGGCGGGUGGCACAAUUGGAAAUCUUCAAGCACCCACACACUGCCAGCCACAGUGCCCUCGCUCCUGCCGCUGUCCCUCCCAUUCACUGCCUGUAUGCCUGUCCUCCCUCUGUGGCCCAGAACGACACAAGUGUCUGGAAAGCAGGAGCAAGCUACCACCUUCCUAGUCACCUGUCUGAACCCACUAGUUGGAGGCAAGGAUUUUAUGCAGACUCGGCCCAUCUUUGCUACAUGAAUAUGGCAUGGCGAAGGCAACAAGGCCAGUGAAGGCAGAGGGAGGAGGAACAACAGGAGGCAGUGAGGAGCGUGUGGACCUGCUGAGGACAUUUGGCCUGAAGGCCUUCCCAAACCAGAUCAGCACUUGCUCCAGCAGGAUUGUAUGCCACUGCCCACCUCACUCCCUUCGGUGGAGGAAUGAGUUAUUCGUAAAUUGGUUCAGUGCAUCCUUUGACAGAAAUAGAACAUCUGAAGGGAGAUGGGAAAGCCACCUGGGCGAGUUCCCUGUACAAAAUGCAGGACCCGCCAGCCUUCCACUGACCAGCCUAUGGGAUACAGACCAAAGGCUGAGCAAUUCCUGAAACCCAGGAGCUCCAGGUGGCUUAAUGGAACAUGCAAGCUUAUUGCAGCAUGCCACAAGAAAGUUGCUAAUUCUUAAGCUUCUAUAUGAGGUCUACACUUUUCUGUCAUUCAUUGGCUAGGCGUUGAUGGAAUAUAAGGUCUUUUCGUGAACUUAUUUUGUGAGUCUGUGUGGUCCCUCAAAUGCAGAGUGAAGGUAGGUGGAGCUGUAUUUCAGACAGCAGGUGCAAGGUCAGCAUUCUAGGUGAACACUUCAAGCUGUAUGUGAAUUCUUGUUUUUGUUGUGUGGUCUCCUAUUUUAAGAGGCAAGCUAUGUGAGUGGGAAGCUAUGGGGUAAGAAGGAUAGAAAGGUAUAGAAGGAUAGAAAUUGGAUGUCUCCAAGGCCUCUAAGUAUCUCUUCUCGUUGGUAGGGAUAGCCAAUGCUCUGGACCUCACGGAUCGCAUCCUGCCCCGCCUGCAAGCCCGUCCCAAGUGCAGGCCACAGCUCCUAAACUUUCCCCCGUACAACAAAGACCAGCUUGCCUCCAUCCUCCAGGAACGCCUUAAGCAGGUAAAAUCUCAGAAGCUUAGUUCCAAAAUUCCUGUCCUGUUGUUGUUGUUACUGCUGUUGUUGUUGUAAAAUUUGUAUUCUGCUUUUCAUCCAAAGAUCCCAGGACGGUUUGCAACAGAAAAAUACAAAAUGAGAAUACAAAAUACACCUAAAUGACUUGCAGAAGGCACAGUCACUUCUGCUUUGGAACCCUGCUAAAUUUGUUAUUAUCUUGACAUGCAGAAUAUAUACCUCUCCUGUGCCUUGGCACUAGGGGCGCUUUCCAGGUUCCCUGUGGUUGAGAACCAGCCCACUUUCUCCCUCUUGCGAGAUCGAGGAGCAGUGGCUACUAUGUAAAGUGAAGGAAGGCACAGAAUGCUAGUAAUUUGGGGGGAAAUGAGAUGCUGCUAUGCCAUAAACAGAGUUACAGUGUAUAAAAGAGUGAAACAGUGGUGUUUUGUUUUGUUUUGUUUUGUUUUUAAAGAUAAAAAUGGCAAUUGAGUAAUAAGAGGGUCCAAACCUGUGGAUCAGGGAAAGCUUGGGCAAAAAGGGACAAUGUAUUUACAAGACAUCUGAAACCAACUGAUGGAUGAUGACCUUGAACGUGGCCUGGUAGCAGAUUGCCAGUCAAUUAAAUUCCCUCAGUUUUGGUGCAAUACAUGCACAUCCAGGAGCUCCACGCAGCCCUCUUGGCAGCAGCAUGCUGACAUUGUAUUUACUGAUAAAUCAGUCCUAGCCUGUCUUGUUGCUUGCUAAGCCCUUUGCUCUCCAUGUCUCUAUGCCACUUCCUGGUGGCAACAAAUAAGGUCGGAAGUCGGGGGGGUGGGGAUUAAAGACUGUAAGUUGGACAAAACAAAGAGUUCUUGGGCUGUUACAAAGGAGCUGCCUUUACACAUGCCCCCAAAACCCUUUUGGUAUUUUUUUUUUUUACUGAAUCCAGAAAAAUGUCGCGCAGCAGAGCUUCCAAGAUUUCUCUUGCAGCUCCUGUUUUCUUCUCCCUGUCCCUUAGGUGUCAGGGGAGCAGGUGCUGGACCACGCCGCCAUCCAGUUCUGUGCUCGGAAAGUCUCUGCUGUCUCUGGGGAUGCGCGCAAAGCUCUGGACAUCUGCAGGUGAAGAAUAUAUAGCACUCUUAAAAACCCGAGCUAAUUACAGCGCAUGUGGGAUGUGAUUUAAAGCUUCAUUAUGCUGUUUGGUCCCCCUGCCUGGGAGGUGGAGGGAGGGAGAGAGCGAGCGGGGGAGAGCCCUCAUGCCUUUGUGGUGAGAGGGGAGGGUGCUUCCUGUUCCUGACUGUGUUAAUGUCUGGAAACGUUCACAGCCCAUUACCUAUGAAGGGUGAGAGGAAUUGGUCCUCCCUGCUGCGAUUAUAGAUUGGUUAAUUACAUUUGGAUUGCAAAAGGCUCUCAUUAACAGUACUCAAGCAGACAUCUUUAUGGUGCUUAGAAGUACUUCCUUUUCCCUUGCAAGUUGGCUUUAAGGGAGUUGCUUCCUGCCUUCCUUGACCUUGCCCAGGCAUUUGCUUGGUGGCUGCCUCUUCCUGUGUUUGACUCAACAUUUUUUUUGGGGGGGGGGGAAUAAAAACAUGUACUUCAGCACAGGCUGAUGAUAGACGUGACCCCUUGGCAGAAGGAAGGGCACGGCUGUUACUUUUCAGGGAUGUUGGCACAGAUCUUUCUUGCGUGUGUGUGGAAUAGGGUUUAGCUGCUCAUAGGUUUGGAAAAAGGAAACGAGACUGUGGUAGGAUCCUCCCUGCCAGACCUCAGAGGUUGGCUCAUCAGCCCGUUUGGGAGGAAACAGCGGCCGCCUUUCUUGGGCCCAACAUAUAAGAUGUCCGGCUGCCUGUGUGUGUGUUUCACUUUAUGGUGCUCCCCUUUCUUUCCAUUUGUUGACAACGACAACUAAUCCAAUAUGCGGCUGGCAGACCAGCGACUAGGAGCGGCUGCCAGGACCAUAUAACACCAGUCCUAAAAGAAGUACAUGACUCCCAGUACAUUUUCGAGCACAAUUCAAAGUGCUGCUGCUGACCUUUAAAGCCCUAAACGGCCUCGGUCCUGUAUACCUGAGGGAGCGUCUCCACCCUCAUUGUUCUGCCCGGUCACUGAGGUCCAGCUCCGAGGGCCUUCCGGCGGUUCCCUCACUGCAAGUAGUAAAGUUACAGGGAACCAGGCCGAGGGUCUUUUCGGUAGUGGCACCCUCCCUGUGGAAUGCCCUCCUGUCAGAUGUCAAGGAGAUAAACAAUUAUACACCUUUCUGAAGACAUCUGAAGGUAGCCCUGUAUCGGGAAGUUUUUAAUGUCUGAUGUUUUGUUACGUUUUUUAUAUUCCGUUGGAAGCUACCCAGAGUGGCUGGGGCAAGGUAUAAGUUGUUGUUGUUUAUUAUGCUCUUCUCCCAACACCCUCCAGCUAGGCCUGUUAGAUCCCCACCUUUGCAAUCUUGUAAGAGGCAGAUUAUGCUUCCACGCAUUAAAAUUUGCCCCUGAAUAAUUUUGUAAAAUACUGAAAACUAGUAGGAGAAAUACAUGAAUUGAUUAAAGUUGAUACAAAACCUAUCAAACAACAGAUUCCAGGGGAGCAUUUAGCCAAUGUUAAGAGCCCAUUGAAUUUAAUGGGAGCAUUAAAUAUAUUCUCUUUCCCUAAAAUAAAUGAAAACUAGAAGAGUUUAAUUUGCCCCCCUUCCCUUUGACGUAUGGCAAAGCGGGUACACUUAAAAAAAAAAAUCAACAAAAAGAUGUCCCAAAAAAGUUCAGCAACUUUGACCUUAAAAAAAAUGUUGGGAAUAUGGCAACCCUAGUUAGGGUAUAUGUCCAAACAUCUUUAGUUUUGGCUAAGUUUUGUUUGGCUAAGCUAAGUCUGAUUUGAGUAUUUGUCAACUUAAGCAGAGAUUUAGCCGUGCUCCACACCACCCGUGGGGUGCGCAAAUUAGACAGUGGUUGGCACUGGGGCUUCGGGUUGAGAACUGCCUCCAGCAUCGCUUCCACUACAACAAAUAGAGCGUUAGUCUCAUUAAGAGGCAAGAUUGUAAUGAGCUCCCAUUAAUGGGCCAUGCAUGUGCCACUCCAGGUCUCCCAUGUGUGGGGGUGGGGGGGUUGCUUGCAUAGUUUUCCCUCUUGUGACUUUUCAACACUGCUUUGAGAGCAGGAUUGGGGUGAGAAAGACAGAACAGCCACAUGGUAUGAUAAAAUUACGGGCUGGUUAGGUACCUUGUUAUGACAACAGACAAAAGCCUAGAAACACAGUCUUUCUGGACUGUUGAUUUUUGUUGAUGGGUCAGGAGCCAUAACCGGUUACAUCCAGGCACAGUCUCUUCUCUUCUUCUCUCUCUCAAUCUUUUUGGGCAACUACUUUUGGAAGAUAAGCUUAAUCAAACCAUUUGCUCCCUACCUCCAUAGCUGUAAAGGGAUGGGGAAGCGGGACAAAAUAAGGAAACUCAAGUGCCAGUCCUUAAAAUGCUAGUUUCAUAUAAAUGAGCUGCCAGAAUGGAAAUGGGAGGGGCCUAACGGAGCUGCUGGAAUGGGCCAGGGGAGGUUGGCUUGGCAUAUGCUCCACCUGUCAUGGAACUCCAACUCCCAGAAACCCUCGCCAGCCUGGCCAGUGGUCAGGGAUGAUGGGUGGUAUAGUGUUCAGCAGCCUCUGGAGGACCACAGGUUAAGCUGCUCCUGGAAUGGGCCCUGCUUUCCAUGCCUCCCACUGUUGCAGCCUGCUGGAAUAUCUGCUGCCAGAUGGGAGAUGAUGAUCACUAUGGCUAUCAUUACUAUUACUAUUAUUAAUAAUAUUUAAAAGUGGUGGUUUUUUUUAAUCGUACAAAAUAAAGUGGAAAAAGUGCUAUAUCAUAUAUAUUAAAUAUUGAGCCAACUAUAUUCUGUAUAACCUCGUUCCAAAUAUCAAUAUAUUUGUCCAAACAAACCUGUGUCUAUAAGCAGUCCGUUCCUAUGUUGCGAGUGCUGCCCUGUCUUCCAUCUAUCGAUUCAAGGGGACUAGAUGAGAAUUGAAGGAUGGAUAGCCCAAUGGAACUGGUCUUUCAGUGGACAACCUAAUGAGAAAAUCUGGAGUAGCCCAGUGUUGGGGAUUGAUAAAAAGCAUUAGCAGGGAACUAACGCCUUUGUCUGAAAUGUUACUCUUGUCCUUAGGAGGGCCAUUGAAAUUGUGGAGUCAGAUGUGAAGAGUCAAACUGUGCUUAAACUGCUGCCUGCCUGUAAGUAGCUUUCCUCCCUGCUCUUCCCCCCUGAGCAGGUCCUAGGCUGCUGUGCAGUGCUGUCAUGUUUCAUUAAAUGCUUUCCUGACCCUAGUUGGUAGCGUUUCUUCCCAGGGACUUGUUCAGGCCUUGCUGAGGGAUGUGGGGGCCAGCGGUGAAGGGAGACAGGAACGUGCAGCUGGCUGGUACGGGAAAAAUGUUCUCCCUUCCAGCAGUCAGCCCUGCAGAGGGAGGCAAACACCUGCUCCUUGUCUUUCCUGCACUGGCUUUAAGUGUAACUUGAGCAGUGCAAAUGCAGGUGUGAAGCUACUACUACGUCCAGGGAGCGGGAAAACAAGCGAUUUCGGUUUUCAAAGCAUCUCCCAAAAUGAACUGAAAAUCUGUGCAGCUUAGGGACAUUGUACUCUGAAUGUGUAGUGUUGCAAUAGCUUUGGGUCCACCUUGCCUCAUCUUUUUCUCAUUUGCUGUAAUGUAUAAAUGGUGUGGACAUCUGUUACUUCUGCUUCAGAAUGGGCAGGAUGGAGAGCAGAGAGACUGUUUUAAAUCUGUGCUAGGCGAGUUGGUCUGGGUCUGGUCAUUUCCCGAGUAUGAGACUGCCUGGGAACUCUAGCAAUGUCACUCUGAGCUCUUUGGCCAAAAGGCAGCAUAUAAACACAAGAAGAGUGUAUACAUUACAGUGGUACCUCGGGUUAAAUAGUUAAUUCGUUCCGGAGGUCCGUUCUUAACCUGAAACUGUUCUUAACCUGAAGCACCACUUUAGCUAAUGGGGGCUGCUGCCGGGCUGCCGGAGCACGAUUUCUGUUCUCAUCCUGAAGCAAAGUUCUUAACCCGAGGUAAUAUUUCUGGGUUAGUGGAGUCUGUAACCUGAAGCAUCUGUAAUCCGAGGUACCACUGUGCAAUAAUCAUAUGGGAAUGAAGCUUUACUUUUUGAAGAUACAACCCAUGCCAGGACCCUCCUAUUGAUCUCUACCUGCACUGCCUUACUCUUCAUUCAGCUGCUCACUGUCUUCUUUCUGACUUCUCCCGUCCUCAGGCAAAUCCUCUUCUAAGCCAGCCACAGACUCAGCAGUACCCCAGCGGGUGGGACUGGCCCAUGUAUCCCGGGUGAUCUCUGAUGUGUACGGUGACCGUUUGGCCUCAGGUGCAGGCCGUGACGAUGCCAAUACCUUUCCCUUGCAGCAGAAAAUCUUGGUCUGUUCUUUGCUGCUCUUAACCAGGCAACAGAAAACCAAAGAGGUGACUCUGGGAAAGGUGAGUGUGCAGAUUCUCUCUGCCCCCCCCCCCACCUCUUCAAAUUGCCACUGCUAGUGUAUUAUGUCACUCUUACUUGGCAGGGGGCUUUGCUUUGCAGCACAAGAGUUCGUCACUUAAAACCAGAGUCCUUGGGAGCACAAAGGAAGAAGUGCACAAGUAGUUUCUCUGAGUCCUACCAUGGACCCACUUAAAAAUGUUUGGCUGUUUAUGCGGGACGUGCAGUACACAAAGAAUUAGAGUCCCCAAAAAAACCUUCAAGGGAAUUGGCUCCAUCUGCCUCUCUCUUCCUCUCCUCUUACGUCUCCCGUCCUUGUUCUUUGUUUGUUUGUUUUUUAAGGCCAUGGGAGCUAAUGAGAACUGUUCGCUUACAGAAGUAAGUUUUAUGUUUGAACGGAGUGGAAGAUGACGGCUUGGAAUGUCUUUUAGUAGUGUUUGGUGCAGCAUAGGCUACAUGCAUUGCACCCUAAAAACCUCUGUCUUGUCUUUGAGUAUUAUUCUACCCAUCCUAAACUACUGUGGGGUGGAAGGGUUUUGUGUCUCUCCACCAUCAAUUCAGUCUGGAUAGCUCACUUGGUUAGAGCCUGGCGCUGAUAACACCAUGGUUGCAGGUUUGAUACCUGUAUGGGACAGCUGCAUAUUCCUGCAUUGCAGGGGAUUGGACUAGAUGGUCCUUGGGGGUCCCUUCCAGCUCUAUGGUCUGCCCCCCCCCCACUUGCUGUGGAAGUGUGGGUUGUAGUAGCAGUGCUCAUAUGCUAGGGGUGUGGAGCAGCACUUGUGUGUUGCUUUGCCAGCAACUUUGGCUGGGCUGUGCGGGACAUGAACAGGAGACCUAUUAUUCAGUUAGAAGCCACAAAGAGAGAUCUAGCUAGCCCUGGGGCAUUUGGAGGAAGCCAUAGAGAGCAAGGUACAUUAUGCACACUUUCCUGCUUCCUCUACUCAAAAACGCUGUGUUUUUUCAAUGGCAUUUCCUCCUAGCUGCAUGAGGCCUACAGCAAGGUUUGCCGCAAGCAGAAAGUAGGAGCUGUUGGCCAAUCAGAAUGCCUGUCGCUUUCGGCUCUCCUGGAAUCCAGAGGCAUUGUGGGCUUGAAGAAGACUAAAGAAGCGCGUCUGACUAAGGUACUACUGCAGAUCUACUUUUGCUAUGGCCUGGACUCCAGCAGGGGUGGCGAGGGCAGUAUCCAAGGUCCCCUUCACCUCUCAGAAAGGGCCAUAAUCUAGUGGUGGAACACAUGCUCUGCAUGCUGAAGGACCCAUGUUCAAUCUCAGCAUCUCUAACUAAAAGAAUCCCAAUGCAAGGAGAGAGCCGCCACCACUCAGAAAGGACUGUACUAUGGUAGAUGAUCCCAAUAGUACCACUCCAUAUGGGGCUGCUGAAUAUAUUUGAUGGGGCAGUUUGCUAGUAAACAUGAGAACUAAAUUGUGAGCCGAGAUCCGAAAAUUGUUGUGUCCCUCAGCAAAUAAACCUUUGAGAAAGGGGUGUGUGCUUUGCCGUGGAAAUGCAUGGCAUUGGAAUUAGCCCCCUGCCUUUUAAAGUGGUUUUACAUUUAUUUAGAUCAGUGUUUCCCAAACCUGGGUCUCCAGCUUGUUUUUGGACUACAACUCCCAUCAUCCCUAGCUAGCAGGACCAGUGGUCAGGGAUGAUAGGAACUGUAGUCCAAAAACAGCUGGAGACCCAAGUUUGGGAAACACCAAUUUAGAUUAAGAAUAUACUCUCUCCCUAAGAUCUCUAUGUGCAGCGUUUCCUUAUUUCAUUGGUCCUCAGCACAGUCACUGGAAACAUGUUGAUUCCACCACUCCAGUAUAGUGGAAGAAAUAACGCUGAGCAGUGAUGAUUUGCCCCAGCGGUUCAUGGUCCCAGCCUCCUAUGGAAAACUUUGGGUGCCAGGCUGCUUUGAUGCCUGAAUAUUCACUGCUGGCUUCCUUAAAUGCAUCUGUCUCCCUCCUCUGCCUGCCUUAGCUGUGUUGGUGGGAGAACUGCCGCAUCUUUCUUGUUCUCCUUUGUUUUAGCUCUAUGGGAGAGCCACAGUGCACAGCCCCUCCUGUCAGUCUGAUGAAAGAGGCUGCACCCUUCUAUAGGAGGGAGAAGUGUAGAAAUAAUGGAGAAUAAAUGUCAGCAUUCUUGCACAUAGGUGUGCCCAAAGGGGAGCAGAAGUUCAAAACCCAUAGGUUCCUUGCCAGGUCAGUUGACAGGAGCGAGCCAGCAGAAAUUUGCACUGAGUAAGCUGGAGAUAACUUUAUUAGCAAGACAGGAUCUGCGCAGGAGUGUCAGGCCUAAUGAUCACAACAACUGCCGCCAUGAAACAGAUGCCAAGACUAAAGGUCCCUGCCUCCCCACAGCCAGCAGUGUCGUCUCCUCUCCAGAGUUUUUUCCAAGCAAUCAGAGACUCCCCACUUCAUGCCUCUCCUGGUUCUGGAAGGCCAAUGGGGAGGGGAACUUGUUGCAGCAAUUGGGAGAGACACCCAUGCCUCUUCACAAACCUGACCCACCUCUGCCUCUUGGCCUCCCUCCUCUCCAGCUCCAGCUUCAGCUUCUGCCUCUGAUUCUGGACUGCUCUCUGCCACCAACUCUCCCAGCUCACUAAGACCUGUUGCCUCUUCACCUUCUGAAACCUCCUCUUCCCUCUGACCACUCAGCAUUGUCCCACCAUCAUGCCCCAGGCUCUGAGUUAUCUUCCCUUGGGGGUUCCUCAGAUGGGUUCCUCCCACCACUCCUCUGCGUCCAACCAGUCCCUGACAUCAGCUGAUCUGCCUGUGUAAGAUCUUCCACCACCAGUGCAGCUGUGAAAAGACUCAGGAGCAUCACAGGGCACUUUUGGGCCGCCAUGGCCCAAUUGGCUCUGCUGUAAGAAGAUAAUGGAGGUCCCCCGGCUAUCCUGUCCCCCUAAAACCUUAGCCCUGAGCUAAGUAAGUUUCAAAAAGGCGGGGAAUACCUGCCUCAGGAUGGCAUUUUAUCUAUGCAAACAAUGGGAAUCCUUCUGUGGAGCAAGGAGCUGUCAAGAGAAGAAGCCGUGAUGGUUGAAUUUUGUUUGAUGGCCAAAAUUGGUUUGUUCUGCAGCUUGAGGAAGAAAGCAAGUGCUGGAUGAAGGAAGUAUAAAGAUACAAGGCACCCAUUGUGCCUGAUGGUUUUGGGCCUCCUCCCUCUGCCCACAAAUGUCCCACCUUCUAUCUAGUAGCACAGCAAUAAAACUGCUAGCACAUUUGCAGAGCUAAGCAGGGCCUGGUUUGCUUUCAGAUUGGAUGGCAGACUGUGUGUUGAGAUUCUUGCAUUGCAGGGGUUUGGACUAGAUGGUCCCUCUGGUGUCCCUUCAAAUCCUUUGAUUCUACAACCUUGGGAAUUGGCAGUGGGGGAAUCCCAUGACAGGUUGUGAAAUUCUGCAGGAGUCACCAUACGAUUUAGCUGCUGUUGCAAUGCGGGCUUUGGGCACUGGGUGGAAGCGGAGCUGUUUGGAUGGCAUUGUGUAUAGCAGAUGUGCCUGUAUUCUCUCUCCCCAUCUUCCCAUUACGGAGGCCUAGUGAUUUCCAGUGUCCUACAAGGAGUGGCCUCCUCUAGAGACCAUGCUUUUUUGCAAUGAUGGAUGCUGACUACCAGUUUCCAGCCUGACAAAUCCUUUUCUUCCCAGGUCUUCCUGAAGAUAGAAGAGAAGGAUGUGGAACAUGCCCUCAAGGAUGGAGUUUUGGUUGGAAGCAUCUUGGCCGAGGGGAUUUAAGAGUUCUUGUUCUCACCUCCCUUCUUGCACAGAAUGUUCCUAACUAAUGGACCGUAACUUCUUGCCGGAAACAUUUCAUGAGGCAUAUCAGUGGGUGGAUGAUUAUAGUUAUCCCUACUCCUCCCGCUACCCCCGCCGGCCCCAGCAGCAUCAGUGUUAUAAAGAUGCCCUGUCUAUUUUUCCAAUGGGUGUUUUUUAAACUGCAAGGUAUCCUAAGCAAUGGGUGGAAUGGAGCUGACUCAGUUAAUUUUUAGGAGCUGGACUUCCACCCUUCGCCUAGGUAUCUCCCCUUUCCUACACUUCCCGUUUUCUUUUUAUGAAUCCCAGAGGGAGAAACACACGCCAACAGUGUUAACAUCUCUCCCCCCCGCCCGCCUUCCACCUGCACACAUACUGGGGCUGCUUGUGUCACUCCUGGGGCGUCUGCCUGUCUUAAGCACCCAAGAUGAAAGAGGAUGAAGGCUGUCAGCAAGAGAGUCCAUUUGCCAGAAACAAAAACCAUUAACGUCACAGGAGGAAAUAAGGAGGCAGCAGCUUCUCUCGCAGGCUCCUUUGAAGUCAAGGCUGUUUCCGCGAAGCAGAUGUCAGUCAUGCUGAGGCUUAGCAUCUCAGGAGCUGCAGUGGGGCUUAGCGAGAGAGAGCGAGGCACACAAACCUGAAGUCUCCAAGCGCCUUAAUGUUUAUGAACUGUGGAUGCAUCCUUAGAGCUGGAGCUGGUUGCGGCCUGGGGCAAAGAGCUGGUCUGUUUCGUUUCUGAGCCACUUCUGCGAACUGCCGGCUGCUUAGUUUGAUGCCUUUGUGUGGAACUCAAAAUUCUUAUAGUUAACAUGAAAUGCUGCCUUGGGUUUCCACACUGCGCCCCUCCCUCUUUGAGUGGCUUGCAGCCCUGGUGAGGGAAAUUUCACAACGUCUCUUUCCCACCCCACCCCAUGAGUUUAUAGUAUUUGAGAUGUACUGAAAUGUGUAUUUACAGCCAGAUGUUUGUUUUUUAAAAAAACAGAUGGGGUAUAUUCCCAUUGCUUUUUAAAUUUU